AUGACUGUGAGAUCAGUAUUAAAUAAUUUUAACAGGUGUUUUUUGAUUUGUGGCAUUGGUAGUAUAAAUUACAACCAGGGAGAUUUUAAGACUACAAUGAUGUUGUAUGUCUUGCGAUAUUUAAUAAUUUGUGUUGGCUUUCUAACAUUUUACAACGCCAACAUAUGGGUAAUAAAUGGUGAUUCGGAAAUAUUGGAAUUAACGUCGUUAAUAAUAAUUUGUUGUUUUGAAUUGUUGAUGAUUGGAAAAUUCAUAUCUAAUAUCUGUCGAGUAUUUUUCGAUAAAAAACUAUCGACGGUAUUAACUAAACUCGAAAAAAUUCACGAAAAGUUGAUACAACUGAAUGUGGUCAGGCCGAUAAAAAUAAAAAUAAAAAUAAAUUGGUUUAUCAUAGUUCUAUGGUUGAUCUCAAAUGUAUGCGAGUGUGUUUCGUUUUGUGAAUACAUACUACUUAUAUUGUACAUAAAGUGGUUGGUGAACAAAAUAAAUGAACAAAUCUUGGAAAAAUAUUCAACAAUAAGCACACUUAGAGAUUUGUAUUUAGAAGUUAUAGAAUGCUUAAACGAUAUCAAUAGAUCAAUAUAUGGUUUGUCGGGCAUAGUUGGUCUUAUCGGGACAAAUGUUGUUCAAGUUAUUACCAUAUUGUACCGUUAUAUAAUUUUCCCUGGAAAUUAUAUCAAUGAUGAUUAUACUGUAUAUGCUUUAAUAAUAUUAUCUAUGAAGAUAUUCAAUGUUAUAAUUUUCUACAAGAUUGGAGAUAUCACGGAAAAUGAGAUUAAUCGGAUGAGGUUUGUCUUACAUCAUCGAUCCGUGAUAGAAAGAAACCCUAGAAUUAAACGCCAGAUCAAGUAUUUUAUGCUACGAAGAUUGCAUCAACACUAUAAUUUUGAGUUGUAUGGAAUAUGUCAGAUUAAUUCGAAAAAACUACUUAUUUUAUCUAACAAAGUAUGUGCCUACUUGUUUAUUCAAAUUCUAUUUAAAUUGAAUAAAUAA